AUUGUUUCUCCGUUGCGUCUAUGACGCGUUUAGAAUUGAAUCUUCUCGCGCCUCACAUAAAUCCUUUCUCCUCAAGACCAAAGGCAUGAUCAAAUAACGAGCGGAACGACUUCCCUCGAUGUAAAGAGCGAUCUGCGGCCGAAGUACACUAGCUUUUCUGAUUCGCAGCGCCACCCCUCCACAGCACUUCCCCUUCAAAUCGUCGACUUCACCCAUUGUCAUCAACACCGGUGGCGUUACAGCCUCAAGUCCUCGCCUUCACUUUCGGCUGAGUUAACGCGGCAAAAAUGACCGGCAGUACACUGACGAUCUCGCCGAGACCAGCGUAAGCAGGUGGGAUCCGGAACUUGACAAAGGCCCCGGCCGCGAGCAAGAUGGCAACCACGUUGUACACGGCUGACCAGAUGAAGUUGAAGGUGAUGCGCCGGAAUGCCGCCUUCGACACAUCAAGCAAAUUGACCACGCCGUCGAGGUUGCGGAGAAGGACAACGUCAGCCGUGGCACGGGUAACGUCCGAGGAGGACUCGAUCUGAACGCCGACGCUCGCUCGAGCCACGGCAACUGCAUCGUUAGUACCGUCUCCACAGAACAGUGUAAUCUUUCCGGCAUCCAUGAGUUCGCGGAUAUACUCCUCUUUCUGUGCUGGAGUUCUCUCGGCAGCGACGUUCUCCCAAGGGAUAUCGAUGUCGGCGGCUACUCUCUCAACGACCUUGCGAGCAUCGCCACUGACGACGUGAACGGCUAUCUUGCGUCGAUGAAGCUCUUGAAUGACGGCACUCGCGCCUUCACGGAGCCUCGAUUUGAGGCCGAAGAUUGCAACCAGGUCAUCGCCGAUCGUCACGCAGAGCAUGGUUAAACCUCGUGCUGCAAAGUCGACGACCUCAGGUAUCUGACUAAUCUUGAGCCAUUUCGCAUUACCAGCAAGAAUUGUCGCUCCUUGCCAUUGACCUUCCACUCCGCAGCCAGGGACGGAUGUGAGCCCGUCGACCUCGACCCCACUUACUUGCCGCUUUUCGAGCGCUUUUGCCACGGCUUCGGAUACCGGAUGCUUGUUGCUUCUCACCAGAGUUAUGAUCAGAGAGAGCAUUUGGUCCUUAUUGACUCUGUCGGUGGGAAAAAUAUCUUCCUCCACGACUUCGAGGCUCGGCUCAGUAAGGGUCCCCGUUUUGUCAAAGACAACGUCGGUAACUUUGAAGCCUCGCUCGAUCACAUCUGCAGUCUUGAUGAUGACGCCUCCGCGGGCAGCGACGCCUCCAGCAACCACGAGAACCAUUGGUACUGCCAGACCGAGCGCACAGGGGCAACUGAUGGCUAGCACAGCUAUACAAUAGCCGAUAGCUGUUCCGAUGGCUUCGUCGGCAGGCUGUUUGCGAACUUUCAAGACGACCAACAGCCAGACGAUCAAGACAAUAAUAGCUGCCGUGCACACGACUGGUAUGAAAUAUCCGGCGAUCUUAUCAGCCAGGUCUUGAACGCGGGGUCUAGAGCUCUGCGCCUGCUCAACCAGGUUUGCAAUAUCGGUAAUGGUAUUUUUCCCCGGCAAACGAGACACCCGUGCUGUCAACCUUCCGCCGCCGUUGACCGUGCCGGACACGAUCGGGCUUCCGGCAGUUUUGAAAACUGGCAAGCUCUCACCCGUGAGCAUCGACUCGUCCACCUCGCUGGUUCCCUCGAGCACAUCAGCAUCGGUGACAAUCUGGGAAUGAGGCAAGAUUGCGAUGGUGUCCCCAUAUUGAAGCAAUCGGGCAUCGAUUUCAACAACAGCACCGGUUCCCUGAUCGAGGAGCAUGGCUGUCAACGCUUGCAGCGACUUCAAAGACACCGCUUUCACCGCUCGUUUGCGGGCCCACGCCGCAAGAAGUCGACCAAACAGGACCAAGGAAAUCAGCAGCGUACUUGUCUCGAAGAACGGUUUCGUCUCUAAUUCGAUACCGGAGAAGACGAGACUAGCUGCUACGAUGGAAUAAACAUACGCGGCUGUGAUGCUGAUGACCACAAGCAUGUCCAUUUCAACGACCUUGUUGUAGAUCAGGGACGAGAUGGCGGGGAUAUAGAACGCUGGAACCGCAAUUGCUUGAACUAUUGUGCCGAGGACAAUCGCCACAAUCAAACUGGUGUGCUCGGAGACGCCAGACGGUCUUCCCCAUUCGAGUGCGACGACUGGCGCAGUAAAGAUGAAGGCCGCGGUAGUCAUUGCGAAGAUACGAAUGAGUCUUCGCUUCCCUUCAUCGAGAUAGGAAUCGCCACGAGGAGGUGCAAGCUGUGCGUCGAUGCCCGCGAGCAUGUCUCUGGCACCAAUGACGCACGGGUCAUAGCUGAUCUCAUAUGUCGUCUUGGAAAGCUUCUCGCAUUUUUCGACGCCACGAGGUAUGUUGUUUUGAAGUUUGCUUGCUGCUGCCGCACUCAUCGUGACGUCGAUACUCUGUGUAUCGGACGAGAACGGUAUCAGCUUAUAUCCGGUGGCUCGUUGGGCGCGGCGAAUCACCUCGUCGAGGACAUUGAUAUUGGUGUCGAGGUCGAAUUCAGCAGCACCAGCGACGAAGGUGACUUUGACGUUGUCAGUCCCUUGCACAGCCCGAAUUGCUCGGGUCAAGUUGUUUGCGCAGCCCGAACAAUCCAUUCCCGUGACAUUGAGAAGGAUGUGGGACAGCCCUGCCGCCUUCUCAAUGUCGAUCGAUGCAGUCUUGCGAACGGGGACACGCUCCACUUCGAUUUCAUCGAGACUAUCAUCGCUGUUACAGCAUUUGACCUUGGCUUGUGUUGCUGCCAACGCCUUUGGCGACUUCUUGUUGAAACGUUGGCGUGUCAAGACCCUCCCGUGCUCUUUCACGUUCAGAUGAUGGCUGCGGGAAAUGCUAAACGCGGCAACGCCACCAUCCGCAGGCUGUGCGUGGCAAGACUGGAUUGUGCCAGCCGAAGAGAGGAUGGUUCGACAGAUGCACCGGGCUGAGUUAAGGUAUGUGGCAUAUUUCUCCAGGGCAGCGCUCAGGUGGGCAUUGCAAGGUUCGUCAAGGUGUUUUCCGUAUUUGCCAUGAGCGUGCUCGUGCGCUGCGCUAAUGUGAACAUGUCCACUCGUCUGCGGGCCCCCAUGAUUAUGAUGUCCGUGUUCAUGAUGGGCAAGAUCGUGGUCGGCCGGGUCAUGAAUGUGGCCAUCUUCUUGGGCAUGAUCGUGAUCAUGAUCACAACAGUCGUCGUGAGGGGGUUUUUCGUCCAGCUCGUGGCCGUCCGCAACGCUGGUGCACUCAUCCUGCUCAUCAGCGCAAGCCAUGGAGCACUCGAUCGCUGCGGCAGUUUUGAUGCAGUUUUCUGCAAACCUUUGUCAGUGAAACUUCAAAAAGAACUUAGGGAUCACUCACCAUCGCAUUUGUCGUCCUCAUUGCACUGCUCCAUGGCGCCUUCGUCAGCGUCCGGUUCCAAUGGGGCGCAGCUCGUUUGACCACAGCAAGGAUCACAAUGAGCCGAUUCGGGUGGCUUUGCCACGGGGCCACCGCAGCAGUCACCGCCGCGAUCGGGUUUCGGGCCACAACAAGAAGAGCCCAUACUGUUGGGCUUGCAGGUGUUCAGUGGGAUCUUGCGAGAUGCACAACGACAAUGGGACUUGCUGGUAAGGGAUCAAAAGAUUGUGCAGAGAAAAAACCUUUCGCCGAUUAUCGGUUGAUAUGAAGGAUGAUAAGGGCUCCCGGCUGGCGUUUCGACCCAAGGCCCACUCGACAAUUUCAACGAAGCAUACGCAAACCACUUGGCACUUCGGUCUGCGCCACACACAAGAGUGCGAUGCAGCUCCAAUCGACGCUAUGGGGUGUUACUGUACCGAGUCUACCGGAUAAUGUCGCUGGCGCUGACGGGAUGCAUGAGGGCAAGUGCUGGUCUGAAUUGUCGAACAAUCGCUCCGUUCUGCCGAAAAGACGAUGAGCGGUAUGCGGCAAUCACCUUAGUCCGAGGUGAGGCGAUGAUGUCUACGAUGACUCGAAAACAAGUGAAUGCACCACCUGCAACCCUUCUUGGCCAGCUGGGCGAGCUUGGAGAAGCCCUGGCGAAUCUUGGUGACCAUAGCACGCAUGUGCAGAUGCCAACGCAGGCCGAUUCCAACAAUUUGGGCUCGUUACCGCCCGCACAAUCACGUGACGAGGGCUGCGACAAGACUUGCAAAAGUUUUCACCGCGUGUAGCUGCGGCGACCGCUCUUUGCCAGCUCUAGUUGCUAGCGAAUGCCAUAUCCUCAGCACAGUUUAUUUCUCCAUGAUUUACGAUGGCUCUGCAUCUAUCCAAGACGACCAAGCUGGUCUUGCUCCUCACCAUUGAUAUACUCUUCUUCCUUGUGGAGUUGAUUGUGGGCAAGUGCACACCUUUGGAGGAUGGCCGAGCUAUGUUAGCUGACGGAAACUGCAGGCUUCAGUGUGCAUUCCCUCGCGUUGGUGGCCGAUGCCUUUCACAUGUUCAAUGAUAUUCUGUCACUACUGGUCGGCCUCUGGGCUAUUCACGUAGCAAAACGACGCAAGUCAUCUCGUGUUUACACUUAUGGGUGGCAACGCGCCGAGACGCUUGGUGCGCUGAUCAACGGAGUCUUUCUCGUCGCUCUCUGCAUGUCGAUUUUCCUCGAGGCGAUACAACGAUUCGCCGAACCCCAAGAAGUCUCCAGCCCGAUCCUGAUUCUCGUGGUCGGCUGCUGUGGGCUCGCCUCCAAUCUCCUCGGCAUGGUACUCUUACACGAGCAUGAGAAAACCGAGCCAGAAACAAGCAAUAUUCCGGAGGACAUGUCUAACUCGGGGCAUCGAAUGACAUUCGAGGGAACAUACAUUCGGUCCGUACAACGCAAGGCACAUAGUUCGAGACGAGCAGCGAGCUUGUCGCAGAUUUCGAUACACCCCACGGCCUUUCGUGCCGAUGUCAUCGCGGCUGCCCAGUCACACGCAGUGGAUGACACUGGCGAGCAAGAGACAGAGAACACGCCCCUUCUCGCGAGUCAAUCUGGAAACAGCGCUGAGCCAACAGAUCUACACGGUGACCAUAUCCAUGCGCGAAAUGAUGAAGGCAAAGGGAAGGGCAAAGGUCACGACCUGAACAUGGCAGGCGUCUUCUUGCACGUUCUUGGGGACGCUGUGGGCAAUAUAGGUGUCAUCGCUUCUGCGCUCUUCAUCUGGUUGACACAAUUCAGCUGGCGGUUCUAUGCCGACCCCCUUGUCUCCGUCAUCAUUACGGCCAUCAUUCUGCAUUCAGCUAUCCCACUGUGCACGGCGGCGUCUCGAAUCCUCUUGCAAGCCGUCCCCGAGGGGAUCAACGCCGACGAGAUCAAACAGGACAUCACCACGCUCCCUGGCGUUGCGGACUGCCAUGCCUUGCACGUAUGGCAACUCAGCGACACGAAUGUGAUCGCUACGGUCCAUAUCGAAGUCGAUCACAAGGUCGUCAAGGAUAGCCAUGAGCAAUACAUGCAGUUGGCUUCGGUCAUUCGAGAUUGUCUCGCUGCGUAUGGUAUACAUAGUGCAACCAUUCAGCCAGAAUUCUUUGCGUCAACAGGUGAAGGGACAUCUACGGGAAGGGUCGCAAUCUGCGAAAGCACACCGUGAAUCUCAAGUUCGAGUCAGGUGCCCACGUCUUUGGCAGAAGAUAACCAACGAUCUUGCUGCGAAAGAGGGAGAUGUACUGGACAUAUUUUAGGGGUUUCUCUUUUGGGGAUCUAGGUCGCGACCGGCUAGCUAGCAGUAGGGUAUACUGGUACUACAUGGCUUACUGGCGAUCUUAAGUAGUUCCCUCUUUUGAAUGAACAAUGUUGGGAUGAAUCUCCUGGGCAUCGCCUUGACUUUGCGAUUUUCUAUAGCUUCCACAUCCUCAUUAUCCUCUAUAGCCACCAUGUCCUUAUGGUUCAUAACCAC